GUGAUUUGGAUUGCAUUAUCAGUGCAACGAGGGCUUUCUCUGGUGUGCAUAAACCUGCUCACCUUUCAAAAUAGAACGCGGAAGUCGAACGUUUGUACCUCCAAAGCAAAGAUUCUAGAACAACUCCGCUCUAGAAUCUUUGUUCCAAAGUCUGCCUUCACCUUCCACCAUCUCUCAAUCAGGCUCGCGUUCAUUGUAAGCCAAUGGAAACACGGGGCAUGCGAAGAAGAGGAAGGUUGCCAGCCUUUACAACUGAUCUGUAAACAAGAGGGGGAGCUGGACUCGGACUGCUGAGCACUUAGCGCAGCUAACAAGCUAGAAGCUAGAUAGCUAGCAUUUCUUCUGUGUUUUGUACAAAAUUUAGGUGGGAUUAGUAGGACUCCACUGUAAGCAGGAAGACAAAUUCUUCCCGCAGAAGCUGUUCUGUUACACACAACAAAAUGUCGGUGUUUUCAGAAGCGGCUUUGGAGAAGAAACUGUCCGAGCUCAGCAACUCCCAGCAGAGCGUUCAGACGCUGUCUCUAUGGUUAAUCCACCACAGAAAACACUCGAAAGCUAUCGUCAGUGUUUGGUAUAACGAACUCAAAAAAGCCCAGGUCCCUCGUAAGCUCACCUUUAUCUAUCUGGCCAAUGACGUGAUCCAGAACAGCAAGAGGAAGGGACCGGAGUUCACGCAGGACUUUGCUCCUGUCAUUGUGGACGCCUUCAAGCAUGUCUCCGGCGAGGGAGAAGAGAGCUUCAAGAAGCAGUUGGCUCGGGUACUGUCUAUCUGGCAAGAGAGAGCGGUCUAUGACAACAACUUACUGGACCAGCUUUCCCAGGUGUUGUUCGGAGAGAAGAAGGCCAAGAAGCGUCCCUACGAGGAGAUCAAAGCAACAAGCGAGGAUUUCGCCAGCCAAAGCUCCCCAGGAGAGCCCCCUCAGACAGCCGAUCUGAUCCGAGCGCUGCAGGAGCUGGAGAACGCCGCCUCCAGUGAUUCCGCCCUGCGCCAGAGAAUCUCCUCUCUGCCGGCCGAGGUGCAGGACACCUCGCUACUGCACCGCAUCACAGAUAAGGAGUCUGGCGAGCGGUUGGCGCGGGCAGUGGAGGAGGCCUGCAUGAUGCUGGCGGACUACAGUGGGCGUCUGGCGGCCGAGAUCGACGACCGGCGGCAGCUGACGCGCACGCUGGCCCUCUACCUGCAGAGCCAGAAGGAGGGCCUGUCCCACAACGAACAGAAACUAGAAGAAUAUAAACGAAAGCUGGCGCGGGUAUCUCAGGUUCGGAAGGAGCUUCGCUCACGUCUCAACAGCCUGCCCGACCUGUCGCUUCUUCCCAGUGUAACAGGAACACCUGUCCAGCUGCCGGCCGCCGACCUGUACGACCCCGCUAACUGACCAUCCUGAUGGACACAGUUCUUUGCCCAGUUGCCAUCCGCCACUCGUCCUUGACCCCUCCUCUUCCUCAUCCUCCUCUUCCUCCUCCUCCUCCCCUGUGUGGUGCAGCUAACUCCCAGCUUCGUCUUUUGAUCUCCCUCCCUCUGACACGCUCUCUCCAUCUCUCAUGCACUACUUCAUGAGUCUCUCUCUUUCACUCCCUCUUUCUCCCCCUCCACUGCUCUCCCUCCCUCUCUCUUUCUCAUGCCUUACACAUGAGAGGACCCUGCCUCCCUCCUUGUGUCACAGUAGCCAGCUAAAGGAUCAACUGCUGUGUCCAGCUACGCUGCCUCAGUAGUGCACUAGUUCUCGGGCCCUUGUCCACAGAAAGGAGAAGCUAUUUCAAACGGACACGGAAGAUGAGCGUAUACUCCCAAAACUCACUCCAAAGCAGACAGCUGGUCUCACCCCCAGUGAAAUCCACUGACAACCCCCUCGUCCAGUCAUCAAGCCUGCUACUUCAGGAUGUGGGCAGGGACCUCUCUCUCGGGAGUUAUUUUUGUAUUUAAAAAGGGUUUGGAAUGUUCUAGAUUGGAAGAGUGAGAGAGAGAGAGUAGUUGCAUCCAAACAUGCUCACUCCAUACAACACCCAGUGUGGUGCAGACAGCAGUAUUUUAAUUGUGUCACUUUGUUUUGGUGGGAGGGCCGAUAAUGUUAGCCGAUAACAAUUUUUAAUUUUAAUAGUUUUUCUAACAGUCAUUGGAUAUUCAAGGUUUUCCCAGUCGUGAAGCAUUGACACCCUCUGCUUAGUUUGCUUCAAAUCAUGUUAAAAAAAGAAAGCAGCCCAGGAGCUGAAUUGUAUAGUUUGUCGGAAACUAAAUUGUUUUGCCUCUACAACAGAGUUUGACAGCCAGUACUGAUCAUUGUGUAUUCGUCAUUCCAAAGGGCACCUGUAGGUUCUAGGCUACAUUUGUCUGUACAGUAGCUGUGCAAACAAUAGGUGUGUGUGUGUGUGUGUGUGUGU